AUUUAUCAGAAUAUUCUUAUUAUAUGAAAGAGCGCAUUAAAUACUUGAACGACAAGAAAGUCAAUGUCAAAGGCAAAUAUGUAGCCUAUUGGAUCUAAGCCAGUUAGAGAACCAAGUACAAUCAUGCUCUUGAAUUGGCCAUUUAAAAGGCUAAUCAAGAAUAAAUACCCUUAUUCUGUUUCUUUGGACUAACUAAAUAUCCUGCUGCCAAUCAAAGACCUUAUCACUUUAUGUUAGAGGGUAUUCAAUUAGUCUUAAAAAAAUAAAGGAUUGUAAUAAUUAAAAACUAGCCUUGCAGAUAGAAAAAUACUAUUUGGAGUUGCCAAACAAUCUCCAGAUGAAUUGGCUAUCUCCAUUGCUCAAAAUGCUAAAUUACUCAUAGUUGAUUGUGGCUACCUUCGAAUCUAAAAACAAUGGAGAAAAAAGGUAGCAGACACUAUUGAUUGUUAAUUUAUACAAGUAGAAACUGAUGUUUUGGUGCCAGUAGAAUAAGCAAGUUAAAAAGAGGAAUGGGCAGCGAAGACAAUUAGACCCAAAAUCUAAUCUCUUACUAAAUAUUUUGCUAAAGAAUUGAAUGAGGAAACAUUAGUCAAAUAAAUGGAUAAAUUACCAUUCCAAGAGUAUGACAUCUCCAACAUCUCAAAAGUCAUAGACGAUUUAGGAGUUGAUAAAAGUGUUUCGAUUGUUUAACAAUUUAAAGGAGGAGAAAUAGAAGCACAAAAGAGAUUGGAAGAGUUUUUGAAUAAGAAAUUAAAAAAUUAUGCUAAAAACAGAAAUGAUCCAUCACUCAAUGCAACAUCUAAUCUAUCACCCUAUCUACAUUUUGGAAUGAUCUCUCCAUUACAUAUAUACUUAGAGGCUAUGAAAUUUCCACCAUCCGAAAGUCGAGAGUCAUUUUUAGAAGAAUUAAUUGUAAGAAGAGAAUUAUCAAUGAACUUCUGCUAUUACAACGAUUUGUAUGAUAAAUAUGAAGGAUUGCCUGAUUGGGCUAAAAAUACACUUUAAGAACACGCUAAAGAUAAGAGGGAUUAUAUUUACACAUUGGAUCAGUUAGAAAAGGCAAAAACGCAUGAUGUAUAUUGGAACUCCGCAUAACUUGAAGCUAUUCAUAAAGGUAAGAUUAGUGGGUAUAUGAGAAUGUAUUGGGGUAAGAAGGUAAUAGAAUGGACAGAAUCUCCAUAGUAAGCAUUUGAAUUUUUGGUUUAUUUGAAUGAUAAAUACCAUUUAGAUGGAAGGGAUGCAAAUGGGUAUACAGGAGUAGCUUGGUGUUUUGGAAAACAUGAUAGACCAUGGACAGGUAGAAAGAUAUUUGGGAAUAUUCGAUNUAUUAUAUGAAAGAGCGCAUUAAAUACUUGAACGACAAGAAAGUCAAUGUCAAAGGCAAAUAUGUAGCCUAUUGGAUCUAAGCCAGUUAGAGAACCAAGUACAAUCAUGCUCUUGAAUUGGCCAUUUAAAAGGCUAAUCAAGAAUAAAUACCCUUAUUCUGUUUCUUUGGACUAACUAAAUAUCCUGCUGCCAAUCAAAGACCUUAUCACUUUAUGUUAGAGGGUAUUCAAUUAGUCUUAAAAAAAUAAAGGAUUGUAAUAAUUAAAAACUAGCCUUGCAGAUAGAAAAAUACUAUUUGGAGUUGCCAAACAAUCUCCAGAUGAAUUGGCUAUCUCCAUUGCUCAAAAUGCUAAAUUACUCAUAGUUGAUUGUGGCUACCUUCGAAUCUAAAAACAAUGGAGAAAAAAGGUAGCAGACACUAUUGAUUGUUAAUUUAUACAAGUAGAAACUGAUGUUUUGGUGCCAGUAGAAUAAGCAAGUUAAAAAGAGGAAUGGGCAGCGAAGACAAUUAGACCCAAAAUCUAAUCUCUUACUAAAUAUUUUGCUAAAGAAUUGAAUGAGGAAACAUUAGUCAAAUAAAUGGAUAAAUUACCAUUCCAAGAGUAUGACAUCUCCAACAUCUCAAAAGUCAUAGACGAUUUAGGAGUUGAUAAAAGUGUUUCGAUUGUUUAACAAUUUAAAGGAGGAGAAAUAGAAGCACAAAAGAGAUUGGAAGAGUUUUUGAAUAAGAAAUUAAAAAAUUAUGCUAAAAACAGAAAUGAUCCAUCACUCAAUGCAACAUCUAAUCUAUCACCCUAUCUACAUUUUGGAAUGAUCUCUCCAUUACAUAUAUACUUAGAGGCUAUGAAAUUUCCACCAUCCGAAAGUCGAGAGUCAUUUUUAGAAGAAUUAAUUGUAAGAAGAGAAUUAUCAAUGAACUUCUGCUAUUACAACGAUUUGUAUGAUAAAUAUGAAGGAUUGCCUGAUUGGGCUAAAAAUACACUUUAAGAACACGCUAAAGAUAAGAGGGAUUAUAUUUACACAUUGGAUCAGUUAGAAAAGGCAAAAACGCAUGAUGUAUAUUGGAACUCCGCAUAACUUGAAGCUAUUCAUAAAGGUAAGAUUAGUGGGUAUAUGAGAAUGUAUUGGGGUAAGAAGGUAAUAGAAUGGACAGAAUCUCCAUAGUAAGCAUUUGAAUUUUUGGUUUAUUUGAAUGAUAAAUACCAUUUAGAUGGAAGGGAUGCAAAUGGGUAUACAGGAGUAGCUUGGUGUUUUGGAAAACAUGAUAGACCAUGGACAGGUAGAAAGAUAUUUGGGAAUAUUCGAUAUAUGAUUGAUAGUGGUCUAAAACGAAAAUUUGAUACAGGAUAAUAUGUAAUGAAUGUGAAUUAGUUAAAAAAGCAAUCCUUAAAAUGAAUGAUUUAUAAUAUUAUUAUUAUUCAAAU